AACAACUACAUCCGGGUAACUGCGGCUGACCUUGGUUGGUGAUCAUCAUGGCGGCCAUCGUUCGCGUGAGUUCCGUUUGCCGCAGAGGAGUCAACCCUCUGUUCUUCCGGACCUCUCUGCUGGUCCGGCCGCUGCUCGGUCCUCAUCAGGACCAGAACCAGCAGCUGACGGCCAGGAUCCACAACUCCCAGGCUCUCCAUGCUGGCUCCGCCUCCAAGGCCGCCUCCCUGCACUGGAGCGCGGAGCGGGCGCUGAGCGUGGCGCUGCUCGCCAUGUUCCCCGUGGCGUACUGCAGCCCCGGGCCCGUCAUCGACUACUCGCUGGCGGCGGCGCUCACGCUGCACGGACACUGGGGGCUCGGCCAGCUGCUGACGGACUACGUCCACGGAGACGCCAAGUUCAAGAUGGCCAGCGCCGGCCUCUUCCUCAUGUCCACCGUCACCUUCGCCGGCCUCUGCUACUUCAACUACAACGACGUGGGCAUCUGCAACGCCAUCGCGCUGCUCUGGAGCAAAUGAACCGGGCUGGUGGACCCGGGACCGGGACCGGGACCGGUCUGGAUCCUGGCUGAUUUUGUAAAAAAGCUGACGGUGUUCGAUGUAAAUUCUUAUAAAUACCAUCUGAAGGUCUCCGUGUCAUGGCAGCGGUUUCUUGCUCUAAAUCCUCCGUUCCUCCGAUCUGACGGGUUCAAUCUUCUUUAAGUUCAAAUAUAAAAUAUAAAACUCCUUCAUGACGGACCAGACCGACGGAUCACUCGCUGUCCGCACCGUGUCUGAACCAUCAGGGAUCAGUGGCUGGUCUCCUCCACAAGCUCCUCCCCCUUUGAGUCAGACACUUUUAUUUUGAAAGUUCAUUUCCAGCUCUUUGGUGAUCGCUGCCUGGCUUCUGACCUCUGACCUUUAAUAAACUCUUCGCAUGCAGCUUUUAUUUUUGUACCGCUGGAAAGAAACAACAGAUUCGAUGGCAGUAAAUGUUUUACGGCUUUAAAGGAGAACGUUUGUCUGUUUCUUUGUACUUUUCUGUUGCUUUAACGUCUUUCAGAUUAUAAACACACAAACGAGAUGUGGAGGGAACAUUUGCACCGUUUCCGUCUCAAUAAAGUUUCAAGCUUUA